GGUCGUUCACUCAUGAGCUGCUGUAACAUGAAUUAAAUGGCUGAAUUGUCACCUCAGCAUGCAGCAAAAUUGAAAAAUAUAUUCCUGACCUACUUUACCGCAGGAGUGCAUCUUAAUAGGCUCUGGGUUAAUCCGUGUUUGAGCAGUUUAUUCAGCGUUGCAGAAGUGAAGUAGCUGCAGGACUGCACGGAAAAUGAACGAACAGUGUCACACCAAUACAUCUCUGGCUAACAGGUACCAUGGGCUGAUGAACCAAGGAUCCACAUGUUACUUGAACAGUGUGCUGCAGGUGCUGUUCUUGACCAAAGACUUCAGAGAGGCUGUGAAAAAGUACUCUAUAGAAAAUCCUCACUCUGAGUUCCUUGAUCAUGAUCUGAAAACCUUAUUUGAUGACUUACAGAACUAUACAACAUACACAUAUAAAAUAACAAAGAAGCUGGGCAUCGACAACGUGAAUGAACAGCAAAAUGCUGCAGAGUACUUUGAGAGGAUUUUAAGAAUGACCAGUCCUGAUGCAUCAGAGAUCUUCCACGGUCAGUUAGCAAACAAGACCACCUGUUCUAAAGGUCAUAUACAGACUGAUGGAGAUGCACCAUUUUGGUAUCUUCAUCUUUCACUGGUGGAUUCCUGCAGCGGGAAAGUCAGUGUGGUGAAGGGCAUUGAAGAGUUUUUUAAAACUUCAGAUUUCUGUGGAGAAAAUCAGAUGUACUGUGAGCAGUGUGAUCACAAAGUUGAUGCUACUAUGAGAGAUGUAAUAAAGUAUCAUCCAGAUGUUUUGUGUCUGCUGCUGAAGAGGUUUGAGUUCAACUAUAAUUACAUGUCAUACAUCAAAAUCAACUGUGAUGUGGAUGUUCCCUACACUCUGCAGAUACCAGAGAAUCAGAAAUAUGAACUGUAUGCAGUUGUGGAUCAUUUUGGGGAUCUGAGAGGUGGACAUUACACCGCAACAAUCAAGAUGCAGGAGGAACACGGAGACAGAUGGCAUCAUUUUCAUGAUACCAGGGUCACAGAGCUUGUCUAUCAGCCAUUCCAGCUGGAUAACACUGAGAGAUCCCAGACUGCAUAUCUUCUUUUUUACAGAAAAAGUAAAGAUGCUGCUGCUGAAGUGGUCAAGGAGAUGUGCAGCCUGGCCAAACCAAAUAUGCAGGUCAUACAUGAGGGAGCAGCCCAAAUUCCACAGGACAAUGGACUGAAUUCCAUCGCACAAGGUCUGCCUUUAAGGUCCAGCAAGCAACUUUUUCCAUCAAGUUCAACUGGCAACUCAGGAAGUCCAGAAAGUCCUCGAAGUGUAUCAAUUUGUAGGAUAAAGGUUGUUGAAGAUCUUUUGGUUGUAUUUAAGGACAAAAGCAUAAUGACUGUGACUUUAAAGAUGGACUUUGUCAAUGAAAGAGCUAUUGAUGAUGCUGGGGUGUCAAGGGAGGUUUACACUGCAUUUUGGGAGCAAUUUUUGGAACAGUGUGAAGGUGAAACAGAGCGAGUUCCAAGGCUGAGGCCAGACUUUUGUGAGGCUGAAUGGCAAGCGGUUGGUCAAAUUUGGGUGAAAGGAUUACUAGACCAUGGUGUCAUACCAGUGAGGCUAUCAAAGGCUUUCAUUUUAGCCUGCCUUCAUGGAAUUGACUCAGUCAGUAUUGACAUCCUGAUGACAUCAUUUCUUAACUACAUUGCUCCUGUUGAGAGAUCAGCAGUUGAAAAUGCUCUCCAGGGCACAAUGGGUGAAAGUGAUGAAGAGGACCUGCUUGAUCUUUUCACAAGGAUGGGCUCCCACUCCCUACCCUCUGAGAACAACAUACAACUUGCCAUUGAAAGAAUGGCUCAUAAGGCCAUUCUCCAAGAGCCAAAGUACAUAGUUGAUUGCUUCGCCACACCUAUGGCAUGUCUACAGCAGAAACUGUCAGAUAAGGAAAGUGUUUUGUCUCUGUAUGAGACACAAAAAGGCCACAGGCAAAAGAGUAUUGCAACUGUUUGAAACAACAAACAUGGUGCUGUCUCAAAGAGAACAUACCACCUUUAAUUAUCUUCAGCAUUAUGUCAAAAAUGCUGAUGAAACUAAAGCUGAAAAAAUCCUGCGUUUCUCCACUGGGUCUUCUGUCAUUUGUGUUGACAAAAUUCUUGUGUCCUUUAAUGCUGAAACUGGGCUCAGAAGAAGGCCUGUUGGUGAUACUUGUGGCGCUACCCUUCAUAUACCGUGCACUUACAGUUCUUAUCCUGAAUUCCGCACAGAGUUUGACAACAUUCUUUCCAGCAAUUACUUUGAAAUGUACGUAAUUUAAACUCAAUGGAACUGCUUUUAAGAAAAAAUACUUAAACCUGUAAUUGUUCCAUUGUUAUCAAGAGAAAAGUAUGCUUCUACAGUGAGUAUUUCUAAAACUGGCCAACUUGCACCAAAGCAAUCUUGACCAAUGAACAGUACAACAGGCAAAAAGAAAAGGAUGUACAUACAGUUUGGGGGUAAAAGGUCCAUUAAAUUAUUAAAAUAACUGAAGGUUAAUAUAGAUGAGAACCUGUUUACAAAAUCUACAAGCUAAUGUAGCCUGUGUGAAAUGUUGCCUAAAAAGACUCAUAAACCCAAGUUUGCUUGAUUAGCUUUCAGAAUUUCUGUGUAACAUAUGUUUUAAUGUACUACACUUGAUCUUGCCUCACAGCAAGGUCCUGAAGAGAAUGAAUGAAUAGAUAUGUUUUAUGUCCCAAAAUAUAACUAGUUGUUUUGUAAAAAAUCAUAUUAUUAUCACAAGUGUUCCUCUUGAAAAACUGUUUGUGCAUAUUGCCAGAAAAUAACAUAUACUGUAGAUCAUCUAUAAGCCUUUGUAUUGCCUUAAUUAGUUAAAAAUUACCAAGGAAUUAUUAACCACUAAAUAUUUACUUUAAUAAUAUAAAACAACUGUCAAUGACAAUAAUUGCCAUUGUGCUUUUCUUUCAUUUGUAUUUCUUUGUUGUUGAAGUUUUUCUGUUACAUUGGGAGAUACAUCCUCAAAAACCUCACUUUUUUGUGGGGUCCCCCAGGGGUCCAUUCUUUGCCCACUCCUUUUUUCAGUUUACUGCUCUCUAUGGGUUCAAUUAAAAAAACAAAACAAAAAAACAUGACAUCUCAUUCCAUUGUUACGCAGACGACUCACAGAUUUACAUGCCAGUGUCAGGUAAAUCUGUGAGUCCUCUGAAGGUUUUGUUAGAUUGUUUGGAGGAUGUUAAGGCAUGGUUGGCUUUAAAUUUCCUUAACUUAAAUGAACAGAACACAGAGGUCAUUGUGUUUGGUCCCUGUAACCACUAUGAAUUUGGCCCCCUAGAAAUAAAAAAAAUGGAAGGAAAUUGAAAGCAAAACAAUACCCAAUAUGCAUAUACAGGCAGUUCUAGCGGAUAAAAAUCUACAGAACUACAUUUCCAAAAUAAGAAAAGGCCACACUAGGAGUCUGGAAAACGGUGGUAAAAGAAAAUAAGCUGGAGAAGGAAAUAAAAAUAUUAAAAUGGUGUGCAUACAAUUCGGAAUCAGUACCGGUUUUUGAUACGGGCGACACGGGCGGUUGCCCGGGGCGGCAUCGUGGUGGGGGGUGGCAUCACGGGCAUCGGCAAAAAAAUUAAAAAAUAAAAAAUAAAAAAGUGUUUGUACUCAUGCUGCCCCGACGUCAUGCCAACACAUAUUGGGAAUGGCAUAGGCACCGAUCGGUUUUCUAUCGUAUGCGAGGUGCACCAGGGUGGAGAGGGCGGAGCGGCGGGGGGUUCACUGGUGGCUGGAGCGGCAUCUAAUAACCAACUCGCAAAAUAAAACACAAACACGAAAACACCAGACAUUGUGAUACAGACUUAUAAUUUGCACUGAUGUUUUAUCGAAAUUCUAUACGUGAAAAGCCCGAGAGCGCGAGAGCCCUCGGUGCGCCUGCUCGCUGCUGAAGUCAAAGUAAACUUUGUCAUCUCCGCUACAUACAGUCCAGUAUAUAGGACGAGGCUCCAGUU